AUGGCAAUAAAAUAUUUACAUUUAUCAAUGAAGCAAUUACUCCUGCUUCUUGCAAUGGCAACUUGUUCUUAUUUAAUCAUUGGUAAAUCAGUCAUACCAACAAGAUUGAAAACCACAAAACCGCGUGACAUUUUAAGUAUCGAACAGCAACAGCAGAAUACGGUUAACAAAAAAUCACUAGUUCAUAAAGAAAAAGCUGAAGGAGAUGAAAAAAGCGUUGUUGAGCUUGUUCAGAAUGAUCAUGAAAUAAUACUGGAACGAAUAAGAUCACCGGAUAUUGAUAUGCAACGAAACGGAACAUCAACCACGCUAAUUGUUAAUAUGGAUGAUAAGCCACUUGCAGAAGAUAUUCCAUUAUUUGAUGAACUUGAAAAUCGCUUGUUAAAAAACAGGUCGGAUGAUCUAAAAAAGAUAUGUCCAGAUCCAGAAGAUAACAGGAAGUUGAUUGGGCAAUUGCCACAAGCUGUGCUUUUAAUAACAAACUUAAAAGAAGCCGAAGUAAAGAAACAUUAUCCAUAUUUAAGACCUGGCGGACACUGGAAACCAGAAGAUUGCAUGACUGAACAUAAAAUAGCUGUGAUAAUUCCAUUUCGAGAUCGUCAAACACAUUUGACCCGUCUUAUCGAUUUUCUUAUUCCAGUGUUUAAAAGGCAGGAAUUGGAUUUUCGGUUUAUUGUAACAGAACAGUAUGGCAAUGGUCUAUUUAACAAAGGCCGAAUAAUGAAUGCAGCGUUUCGCUUAGCUGAAAGUCUCAAUGUAAGCUGUGUUAUAUUUCAUGAUGUUGAUAUGUUUCCACAGAAUGAUCGUAAUUUCUACGGUUGUCCACCAACACCACGUCAUAUUGGUGCUUUUGUUAGUAAUCUUGGAUAUCAAUUAUGGUAUAAAGAAAUAGUUGGUGGCGUUCUAGCAAUUAGCAUGGAUGAUUACCGAACAGUAAAUGGUUAUUCGAAUAUGUAUUGGGGAUGGGGUGGUGAAGAUGAUGAUAUGGGGAAACGAAUAAUGGCACAAAAUCUAACCAUUGAAAGACCUGAUGUUACCACAGGUCGAUUUACCAUGCUGAAACAUGUCAAGAGGAAACGAAUUGCACCAAAAUUAGUAUAUAAAUUGUUAGAUGAUGCUGAAACACGCUACCGAACUGAUGGUCUAAAUGUUACUUCAUGGAAAAUAUUAAAAGUUACAUUACGGCCAUUAUAUUAUCACAUAUAUGUUGAUGUUGGUAAGCCCCCAUCAGAAUGGGUAUGA